AGAGCAGUCGCCCUCCAGCCUGCCCUCAACUUCGCUGGGCUGCAGCCUUCUCUGCUGGAAACCGCCAAGCCAGCUGAUUCCCCAUCCAAAGCCAUGAAGAGCGGCGUGUGUCUGUGCGUGGUGGUGGCGGUCCUGGCCGCAGGCGCCCAGGCGCAGCCCAUAGUCCCUGCAGAAGCUACGGACCCCGUGGAGCAGCAGGCGGAGGAGGCGCCCCGAAGGCUGCUGAGGGCUGUGCCCGGGACGGACGGCGAGCCCCGAGCGCGCCUGGGCGCACUGCUAGCGCGAUACAUCCAGCAGGUUCGCAAAGCUCCUUCUGGCCGCAUGUCUGUUCUUAAGAACCUGCAGAGCCUGGACCCCAGCCAUAGGAUAAGUGACCGGGACUACAUGGGCUGGAUGGAUUUCGGCCGCCGAAGUGUUGAGGAUUACGAAUACCCAUCGUAGUGGGCCAGCGUCUCGGCGCUGCUUGGUGGAGGCGGAAUGAGGAAACAACCAUGCACAUGAGCCCUUGCCUCUAAUGUCUGACAUUUUGAGUAUCUAUUUAUUAUGUCCCUAAUGUCAAAUCUGUCUGUUCAGAGUGUGCUCUACAGUCACACCUCAGCCUAGCUGUACUGUUGAAAGACAGCAUUUCCCUCCGGUGACUCCCAGACCUAAUGUUGCUAUGCUAUUAAAGAAUUUCCUUCUGCCCCUCA